AUGAACUCCCGUCAAGUGUUGGUACUCGGUCUGAUCGUGCUGCUGGCCAUUGCCAGCAUCUGUGACGCCAGACGUCGGUUUCCGCACCGGCGGAGGGGUCCCUCGCGCAAAACGCUCAAGCAACUGUACUACGAGUCGCGGGAAACGAACACACCCAACUUUGUCCGGCUCGUGCUGAUGCGGUUGAUCUACGGCAUCGCGACGCAGAUGGGCGUCGAGGAGCGUCUGGACAACGUGUUCGGUGGCGCCUUUGUCCCCCCGAACGCCGUCGACGACAGUUCCGACUUUUUCGAUGUGCUCAGCGAUGAAAGCGGCGAGGACUUCAGUUUCGGUCUGUGA